UAGAGUCGGGGAACAUGGCAGACGAGGAGGACUCGGUGCCGGGCCCUGACGCCGCCUGUCCCCCGGGGAGCCCUCUCCCUGGGCGGCCUCACUCUGUCUUCUUCUCCGAGAGUGUGCAGCCGGCCGUCGGGAUGGUGAGCCAGCUUUUAACCCAGCCGUCCUCGCUGAAGUUUGAUAAAAACAUCAAACAGGCCUUCUACAACACCGGGGCGAUGAUCUUUGUGGCGAUAUGCUGCGGAGCUACUGUGCUGGUCUACUUCAUCCUGGAGGCUUUCCUCCGGCCGCUGCUGUGGGCCGUUCUCUGCGGGACCUUCCUACACCCCUUCAAGCACUCCCUGGCUCGGCUCGGCCGCUCCUGGCUCAGCGGCCUGCAGGAGACCGGUACGCCCAUCGUGAUGGGGACCCUGCUGAUCCCGGUGUGGUGUGUGAAUUACGUGGUGGAGGCGAUGGGCAGGCUGGUGCUGCAGAGGCUCACGGUGCUGCUGGUGAUCGGGGCCGGGGCGCCGCUGGUUUACUUCCUCUACCUGUUCUGGAGCGUCAUCGGCAUGCAAGUGAUCAUCGGACACGUCUGUGCGGUCAUCGGGGCCGCGCUGGACUGUUUCCACUCUGUGUGGGUGUGUCCCGUGGUGUUUGGCUACUUUUUGGCUGUUUGUUUGAAGUGGAGUCCCAACACUGAGCACUACCUCAGGGCCGUGGCUCUCCCUGUCUGGGCCGUCCUGCUCUUUUACAUUGUGUCUCUGACCGGCUCAUGGAGGGUGCCCAUAUUUGUGGUUGUGGUUGCACUCAUCAUCGUCGGCUCCCAAGAGAAACCACCUGUCCCUGGCAGAGGAGAACUGUCGGGGCAGGUGUUGUCGUUUGCUGCUAACACUAUUUACAUGGCAAUCUCCUGUAGCAACCUUAAAAUAAAAACUGAGCCAGGUGAAGACUGUACUACAGAUGGUGUACACUCUGCGGACUCUCUUCCCUCCACGCCUGGGUUCCCUAGGGGCUCUCGUUCGCUACCAGGCGGCCUCUUCCAGAAAGAGAAGAGCGCCCACAGAGCCAGUGAUAUCUACUUUAUUCUGCUGGUCUGGGCCAUUGUGCUGGUUCAGGUCUGGCUCAACCUCUGGAUCCUACAACUGCUGCCUAUCCCUGUGGCUGUGUGGGUGCUGAAGAAGCUGGUGGUCCACUUUGGCCUGAAGGACUUUGCAGAGCGGACUCUCCUCUCAUGGUGGGCGGUGCUGCAGAGGCAUGGACGUGAGCGGGAGGAGGCCCUGCUGCCUGGACCAAUCAAAGGCUUGGCUCAGUUCCUGCUGCGUGUCGACACUAAGCUCUGGCAUUGGCUUAACAAGCAGAUGAUCGUGUGGCUGGAGCGAUCUCUGGAUAAAAUCAUCAGCAUCUUCAUCAUCUUCCUCCUGGUAACAGGGACCCUGCUCAUGGCUCUGCUGCUCACCGCUAUGGUUCACCAUGAAAGUGUUCACAUGAUUGACGUUACCAGUAACCUAAUCAAUGAGACCGUGUCUAACCAUCCAGAAUGGGCCAAUUGGCUCCCAGAGGCUCGUGUUGUGCAGAAGGCUCUAAAUUCAGCUGCUACCAAUGUUUAUCAACAUGGUAGAGAAUGGAUAACACAAAAACUGCAUAAGAUGUUAGGGGAAAAAGGGAACAACACAGCCGUGAUCGAGAAACAGGUUUUGGAGCUCUGGGACAGACUGUACCACUCGUGGUUUGUGAAGAACACGACCAACACUGGACGCCACCGGGGUCAGAAGCUGAUGGCUCAGAGAGGGAACAGCUGGCUGGUCGACAUCCUGGACUGGAAGGACAUCGCCUCUUUUCUGCAGGAAAAUAUUGAGACUCUGCUGUCUAUCCUGGAGUCUCUGUGGGUGGUAAUGAGCAGAAAUGUUGGCCUCCUCAUCUCCACAACGACCACUCUCCUCUCUGUCCUGUUCCACAGCGGCACGGCUCUGCUCAACUUUGUCCUGAGUCUGGUGAUCUUCCUAACCACUCUCUUCUACCUGCUGAGCUCCAGUGGUGAAUACUACAAACCGGUCAAAUGGGUGAUCAGCCUGACCCCCCUCUCCCAGCCUGGACCCUCCUCAAAUAUCAUAGGCCAGUCUGUAGAAGAGGCCAUCAGAGGAGUGUUUGACGCCUCUCUGAAAAUGGCCGGCUUUUAUGGCCUCUACACUUGGCUAACUCACACCAUCUUUGGCAUCAACAUAGUCUUCAUUCCUUCUGCUCUGGCUGCCACCUUGGGUGCGGUGCCGUUCCUGGGCACCUACUGGGCCGCGGUGCCCGCAGUGUGUGACCUGUGGUUGGUGCAGGGCGAAGGUGUCAAGGCCCUGCUGCUGCUGAUCUGCCAUCUGCUCCCCACAUAUUUUGUAGAUACAGCCAUCUACUCUGACAUAUCAGGAGGGGGACACCCGUACCUGACAGGUCUGGCGGUGGCAGGCGGAGCGUACUAUCUGGGUCUGGAGGGUGCCAUUAUCGGGCCCAUCCUCCUCUGCAUCCUGGUAGUUGCAGCCAACAUCUACAGCGCCAUGCUGAUGAGCCCCAGCUCUGCAGCGCCGACACCGGUGCAUUCCAACUGGCCGCACCACCCUCUCAGGACCAUGACUGACUCCACCCCCUCGAUCCUCAAGAAGAAGGGUGAGUGAGCUUGAGGGUGUCACCCUGUGGAACGUCUUUUGGCUUCCUAUUGGCUGAGUGCUCAGGGGGAAGCACUCCCCUCCCUGAAUCUCCUCCAAACGCCACCCGGCUCUACAGGAGGCCUCGUCAGAGAAGGGAUGGCGCCGUAGCCGCUUGUCUGCCAUGAUGCCGUCUCCUUACCAGAGCUGUUUCUCUGAGCAAUAUGGCACUAGCAGUUCAAUCAAGACCCUUAAAUUACAGAUCAUCCUGAUUCCUAAUUUGGCCCAAUGACAUCACAUUGGGCAUUUACGAUUAUGAAUGACAGCGAUGUUGGUGUUAAUCACAUCACCUCUCGGAUCUCCAGUGCCUAAAUUGAUUUGUAAUGUUUAGAAAUGCCAAAAUAUUUCUGUGCGGUUUGUGGUAAAUUGUACGGUAAUAUAUUUUAUCUACAAAGCCCCUGAUAGCCACCUUCCACACCCGGCUGGGUUUUAAGCUACAGUAUGUGGUUGUGCAGUAUUUGUUCUCCCUACCUCGCUCCUCACGGAGGCUCACCAAGAGUUUGUAAUGACGGCUUGUCAUAGAAGUCCUCACGCCUGGUUCAAGAGAACGAGAUGUUUAAACUUAAGUGUCAUUCACGUUUCAGUGAUAAAAGCUGUGAGUUGCAACACCAAGUCUCAUUUCAACUGUUCCACUGUUUUACUAUCUGUGCAGUUGAAUAACAGCAAAUGUCUGCCUAUAAUUGAUGGUAACUCCUUCAGUGAAUCCGAUUAGACUUCCUGCUUUCAGGGAGUCUGGUCGGAAUGAAAAAGCAUAGAAUAACUGAUUUAUUUCACAUUGGGGUUUUUUUACACACUGAGUGCACGUACACAAAUAAAUGCAACCAAGGUUUUCAUUUUUGACACACUUAGUUGAUCGGUUAGUAUUGAAGCACGUUUACACUCAGAAUAACUUGAUAUUGACAAGUUUGACUGAGUAUUUCUGUGAGCACUUUAGAGUUUGGUCACUGUCCUCCCUGUUACAUGUUGUUUAUCAUAGCUUUGACCUCAAAACCUUAUUUAGAAAUAUCUAUGUUUUCUACUCUCCUCAUCCACUCAUCUACCCCAUACACAAACUACAGUCACAGCACUUUUCUAAACAGAGAGGAUGAAGUAGUUAACAUCAUUUGAAGCUUUAAUAAUUGAGCUGUACAUAUGAAUAGUGUAUUUCAUGCGAAACAUUGAUCAUACAUGGCUACUGUGUUAGCUUUCAGAGGACUGUGAUGUUUUCUGGGUUGGAACAAGCAUUCAUUUACAUGUCAUUCUUUAACUUCUAUUAUAGUUCUCCUUUGGUACUGUUGCAUUGACUGUUUUUUAACACAGGGAUAUGCACUGACACAAUAAACAAUACAUUUAAACUGUA